CGCUCCUCGUCUUCUCCUUCCCUCUCCUCUCUCUCUUCUCUCUCGCAGCGCAGGCAAUGGCGCAUGCACUGCGUCUCUUUGGCGCCGCGCUCGCGCCACACACUGCUGCCUCUCGCACGCUGGCACGCAGCAGCGCGUCGCUGCGGCACGGCUGCCUCGGCGCCGCUGCGCUCGCGUCGCGCUCCCGCCGGCGGCUGCCGCUCUCGCCGCUCUCCUCGCCGGCGUCGUCGCGCCGCAGCUUCAGCCGCUCGCCUGCAUUCCUCUUGCGCGCCUCCUCUCCGCGCAACGCUCCUCCUCGCCCUGAGCCCUCCUCUCCCUCGCUCCUCUCCCGCCUCGCGCCCUACGCCGCCCUCGCGCGUCUCUCGCGCCCCAUCGGCACCUGGCUGCUCUUCUGGCCCUCUGCCUUCUCCCUCGCACUGGGCGGGCACCAUCUUGGUCUGCCUCCCAGCGUCGCGCUCGGCUAUACCGCGCUCUUCGGCGUCGGUGCCGUGGUGAUGCGCGGCGCCGGGUGCACCGUGAAUGAUCUCUGGGAUCGGGAGCUGGACAAGAAGGUCGCUCGCACAGCAACGCGGCCACUCGCAGCUGGCACCGUCACGCCUCGGCAAGCCUUGGUCUUUCUCGGCGCUCAGCUCGGCGUGGGUCUGGCAGUCUUGCUGCAGCUCAACUGGUAUUCCAUUGUGCUCGGUGCAGCAUCGCUCAUUCCCGUGACCAUCUAUCCGCUCAUGAAGCGCAUCACCUACUGGCCUCAAGCCGUUCUCGGUCUGACAUUCAACUGGGGUGCUCUCCUCGGCUAUGCCGCGCUCUCCUCCACGCUGCAUCUCCCGCUCGUCCUGCCCCUUUACGCGGGCACAAUCGCCUGGACGCUCGUGUACGACACGAUCUAUGCGCAUCAAGAUGCGUCUGACGACGUGGCGGUGGGCAUCAAGUCGACCGCCCUGCUGUUCGGCGCGCACACCAAGCCGGUGCUGAGCGGCUUUGCCGUGCUCUUCCUCAGCGGCACGGCCGUGUCGAUGGGGAGCAUCGGCGCGACGGGCACGCUGCUUGCGAAUCUGGCCGCGCAGCCGGCGAGCUGUGCGGCGCUGGCGGCGGCGGCGAUGCAUCUGGCGUGGCAGAUCCGGAGCGUGGAUCUGCAGAGCAGAGAGGACUGCUGGGCCAAGUUUGAGAGCAAUCGCGAUCUCGGAGCCCUCUUGUGGGCCGGGUGCAUGUGGGACUAUGUGGCUGCGGUUGGCUGGGCAUGAGGGGGAGGGAGCAGCGAGGAAAUGAAUAGAACAGUCACCC